CUCGCGCUUUGGCUGAGACUGGAGACAGAAGGAAAGAGCCACGGGCAGAGGUGGCAAGGGACAGUCUGCCGAGAUGUUCAGUCAGGUGUCCAGGGCCCCAGCUUCAGGCUGCUACUAUCUAAAUCCCAUGACACCUGAGGGCCAGGAGAUGUACUUGCGAUUUGAUCAGACGACAAGACGCUCUCCUUACAGGAUGAGCCGGAUUCUAGCGCGCCACCAGCUAGUGACUAAAAUCCAACAAGAAACUGAGGCGAAGGAAGCGUGCGCGUGGCUCCGAGCUGCCGGGUUCCCGCAGUACGCUCAGCUGUACGAGGAUUCGCAAUUUCCCAUCAACAUUGCGGCUGUCAAAAACGAUCAUGACUUUCUGGAAAAGGACCUUGUAGAACCUCUUUUCAGACGACUAAAUACAUUGAACAAGUGUGCCUCAAUGAAACUUGAUGUGAACUUCCAAAGGAAAAAGGGUGACGACUCAGAUGAGGAAGAUCUUUGUAUCAGUAACAAAUGGACUUUCCAAAGAACCAGCCGCAGGUGGUCUCGCGUGGACGACCUCCACACACCACUCUCUGGACCAGACAGGAAUGGGUCCCCAGGAGGCACUAGGAUGAGGAACACGACCAGCAGUGAGAGUGUCCUCACAGACCUGAGCGAGCCUGAGGUCUGCUCCCUUCACAGCGAAAGCAGCGGAGGCAGUGACGGCCGCAGCCAGUCCGGCCAGUUCUGUGUGGACAGUCCGGUCAUGCUGGAUGCCAUGCCAGGCAGCAGCAGCCUACCGCAGUCCUCCAGAGACCUUCUCAGCCACCCUUUCCACCCCAAGAAUGAGAAACCCACCAGAGCCAGGGCCAAAUCAUUUUUGAAACGCAUGGAGACUCUCCGAGGGAAAGGAGCCCACGGAAGGCAUAAGGGGACAGGGCGGACCAGUGGCCUGGUGAUCAGUGGGCCUGUGCUGCAACAGGAGCCUGAGUCCUUUAAGGCCAUGCCGUGCAUCCAGAUACCAAAUGGACAUCUCCAGAGCUCGUCCCCCACCACCUGCAAAAAAGGGCUCCCAUGUUCCAGCAAAUCGAGUGGCGAGAGCAGCCCAUCGGAAAACAGCAGCAGUGGGGUGAGCACUCCUUGCCUGAAGGAACGGAAGUGCCAUGAGCCCCACAAGCGCGGGGGCAUGUACUUGGAGGACCUGGACGUGCUGGCAGGGACAGCACUGCGGGGUGCGGGGGACCAAAACCACACGCACGAGUUUCACUCCCAGGAGAAAUUGAUGGUGCAUAUUCCCAAGGAUCACAAACCAGGAACAUUCCCAAAGGCACUUUCUAUCGAAAGCCUGUCACCCACAGACAGCAGCAAUGGGGUGACCUGGAGGGCCGCUGGCAUCUCCCUGGGCGGGCAGCAGGACCCCGUUGCCAGGGAGCCCAGGCUCAUGGCAUCCUGCCACAGGGCCAGCCGAGUCAGUAUCUAUGACAACGUCCCAGGGUCCCACUUGUAUGCCAGCACGGGAGAUCUUCUGGACUUGGAGAAAGAUGACCUCUUCCCUCACCUGGAUGACAUCCUGCAGCAUGUCAAUGGGCUCCAAGAGGUUGUGGAUGAUUGGUCCAAAAAUGUCUUGCCUGAACUGCAAACUCAUGAUACAUUGGUUGGGGGAUCUGGUUUAUCCUCCUUUCCAUCUCCUAAUCAGAUCACCUUGGAUUUUGAAGGCAACUCUGUCUCGGAAGGUCGGACAACCCCCAGUGAUGUGGAAAGAGAUGGAACAUCUCUUAAUGAAUCAGAGGUCCCUGGGGUCAGAGAAAGGAGGGAUUCUGGAGUAGGGGCCUCUCUGACCAGGCCAAACAGGCGACUCCGAUGGCACAGCUUCCAGCUCUCGCACCAGCCUCGGCCGUCCCCGACGUCGCCCCACAUCAGCAGCCAGACGGCCGGCCAGCUCAACCUGCUGCAGCGCUUCUCGCUGCUGCGGCUCACGGCGGUCAUGGAGAAGCACUCCAUGUCCAACAAGCACGGCUGGACAUGCCUCUCCCCACAGUGCACCCCACGGGGCUUGCGUGACCUGGUUUAUGUGAAUUCUAGGUCAGUUCCAAAGUUCAUGAAGAGGAUGAAAGUUCCCGAUUACAAAGACAAGGCUGUCUUUGGCGUUCCUCUCAUAGUCCACGUCCAGAGAACGGGACAGCCCCUGCCACAGAGUAUUCAGCAAGCACUGAGAUAUCUACGCAGCAACUGCCUUGAUCAGGUGGGUCUUUUUCGCAAAUCGGGAGUGAAGUCUCGAAUCCAUGCCCUACGUCAAAUGAACGAAAACUUCCCUGAGAACGUCAGCUACGAAGACCAAUCUGCUUACGAUGUGGCAGAUAUGGUGAAACAGUUCUUCCGGGACCUCCCGGAGCCUCUCUUCACCAACAAGCUCAGCGAGACCUUCCUGCACAUCUACCAGUAUGUCCCCAAAGAGCAGCAGCUGCAGGCUGUUCAGGCCGCCAUCCUGCUGCUGGCAGAUGAAAACAGGGAGGUCCUGCAGACGCUCUUGUGCUUCCUGAACGACGUUGUCAACCUGGUGGAGGAGAAUCAGAUGACACCCAUGAACCUGGCUGUGUGUCUGGCCCCUUCCCUUUUUCAUCUCAAUUUAUUGAAGAAAGAAAGUUCUCCAAGAGUCAUUCAGAAGAAAUAUGCCACUGGGAAGCCAGAUCAGAAGGACCUCAACGAGAAUCUGGCUGCUGCUCAGGGGCUUGCCCACAUGAUCGUGGAAUGCGACAGACUUUUUGAGGUCCCACAUGAGAUGGUGGCCCAGUCUCGGAACUCGUACAUGGAGGCUGAGAUCCAUGCACCAACUCUGGAAGACCUGGGGGCGCAGCUGGAGGAGAGCAGGGCAACUUUUCACACUUACCUGGACCAUCUCAUCCAGGGCCUGCAGAAAGAAGCCAAGGAAAAGUUCAAAGGAUGGGUCAUGUGCUCCAGCACCGACAACACAGAACUUGCUUUCAAAAAGGUGGGAGACGGGAACCCACUGAAGCUGUGGAAGGCUUCUGUGGAGGUGGAAGCGCCCCCCUCAGUGGUUUUGAAUCGCGUGCUGAGAGAGCGCCACCUGUGGGACGAGGACUUUGUACAGUGGAAGGUUGUGGAAACUCUGGACAGGCAAACAGAAAUCUAUCAGUACGUGCUAAACAGCAUGGCCCCCCACCCUUCCAGAGACUUCGUAGUUCUCAGGACCUGGAAGACUGACUUGCCCAAAGGAAUGUGCACCCUGGUGUCCCUCUCUGUAGAGCAUGAAGAAGCCCAGCUCAUGGGCGGCGUGCGGGCUAUGGUCAUGGAUUCCCAGUACUUGAUAGAACCGUGUGGCUCUGGCAAGUCGAGACUGACCCACAUCUGCAGGAUAGACCUGAAAGGUCACUCCCCAGAAUGGUACAACAAAGGCUUUGGGCAUCUGUGUGCAGCAGAAGUUGCCAGGAUUAGAAACUCUUUUCAGCCCCUCAUUGCUGAGGGUCCAGAAACUAAAAUCUGAGUUCUCCCCAGUGUAACAUCAAACUCAGGGAAGAGGAAGCUAAAGCCAGCACUUGUGGCAGAGAAUGUGCACGUGAGAAAGACAGAGAAGAGGAAUAGACUGACGGGUCCACGCUUAAAAACGGAGACACUGAGAGGCCGAAUGUUGAAGAUGCAAGAAUUUCUGAGAACUUUCCUAGCCUUCCUGGAGAUGGCUACAUCCUUACUAAUAUAAUAUUUUUUAAAAUGAGAACGUUUAUCUAUGUUACUUAAAUGGGUUAUUCCUUAUGCAUUGCCUAAUUUGCUAUUUAAAGGCUUCUAAGAAGCAUAUUCUUAACUGUAAAUAAAUGUAUGUACAGCAGAUGUACAUAUGUGUGUAUAUCUCUAUCUUUACUGUAUAUAUGUAAAAUAUCAACUUUAAAUGUGAGUGUUUGAAAAGGAGCGCGUCUGACUUGAUGAGUCCCUUCCUCACAUAGCUCUUUCCAGGUCACUCUGGGCCCGUCUCCCACUGUCCUGUAAGCUGGGCAGAACCUGCUGCUAACACCAAAUUGUCCAAAUGUCUAGUCUGUCCGUCUGCCUCAGGGCCUAACCAAAGAUCAGCUAACCAAAGGAGAAGAACAUUAAAAGCUUCUUACGUGUUGACGCUUUGUUUCUGUUAUUCAAAAACUGAGAGUGGCGUGUUGGGAUAAAGCAAGGGAAAGAAUAUUUACUCCUCUUGAAAGCAAAGCAGUGGGUGAGAAGUCAUGACCAGAUUUAAGGCUAAAUUACGAGUUGCAACUGGGCCCAGCCAGAUGCAAUUUCAGUGAGAUGCCAGAUGCCAACGGGCCACUGGCGUCAGUGCCAGUGACUGGAACAGAGCUACUAUUUCCUUCCCCCCCAGGAGGGCUGAAUAUAAUAGCUUUCACAUACUCACAGCCAAAGGGAGCCUCUGUGUUGUCUCAAGUUUUCCUAAAUACAUUUCAUAAUGUUGUUAAAUGGCAUUCUGUUUGACCAGUGGCCUAUUUGGUCACAGUUAAUUGGCAUUUUCUUACCAAUGUAUUGCACUGAAUUUAACCUUGGAUGUCAGACAGAGGGAGAUGGUGGUCCUUCAGGAGUCGUGGACCAUCACAGGCUUCAGGGAAUUCAUAUUUUGCUAUAUAUGAUGCUCUUAAAAUAUAAUUCCUUAAAGUUUUGCAAUCUGAAAGACAAGGUUUUUAACUAACAUAAGACCAAAACUGUAUUUGUUAAUUAGUUUUAGACAAUAUAAACAAGUUUAUUAAUUCCAUGUUUCUUGGUUAGCCUGUUCAAGCUACCUAUGCAUUGGACCCCACCUUAUUUAUUAUUGUACAGACUAAGAAAAUUGACUCUCUUUAACCAAUAGCUAAUGGAUUUAAGUUGGUUUUAUUAUGAUUCAACAACUAUAGAGAGGAAGAUAAUCAAUUUAUUGUGUUUGGUUUCGGGGAGAGAGAUUUUAUUUGGUUUAACAGAGAUUGCUAUCAUGAUUUAACAACUGAUGUUGGAGGAAAAAAGAAAAACAAAUGAGUGUUUUCAGGUCUUUUUUAAUAUGAUAUGCAUUUAUUUAAUGUUUUCUGUUAUCAGUAAGGUGCAAUUAUUUUACUGAGAGGAAUAAAAAUGAGUUUGGUAUUGUACAAGGAAAAUCAUACUGUUUGAAUUAUGACCUAGGAAUUUUUCAUUCCCCUGUCUACCUAAGAAGGUGGUAGCAAACCCCUAAUUUUCUAUUUGGGCAAUGCUCUGUGAGCAAAUGCUCUUCUGCCAUAACAUCUUCAAUUUAGCCAGAUAUGUUGGAUUACUUUAUAUGCAUCAACAAGAUCAUUAGUGAAGUUUAGUCUGGCUAAACCCUGGUCCUGUUCUAGAGAUAGGGCCCUACAUGUUUGGAAAAUAAGAUAGACACACAGAAUGAGGCAUUGCGUCACCUAGAGCAGUGCUUCUUCAACUUUAACAUGCAUGAGCCACCUGGGGAAUCUUGUUAAAAUGCAGACUCUGAUUCAAUCAGUCUGGAAGUGGGCCUGAGAUUCUGCAUUUCUAAUGAGCCCCAGGGAUACCCAGGCUGCUGGCCAAAGACAUAGAGGAUGCUUAAAACAAUAAAAACAAAUAUGAUUGUAUUUCUGAUUCCCUCUCCUCAAAUUACCUUUUUUUAUUUUUAUGCACAUACUAAUCACAUCACUGCUAUGUAACAACACAGUGCAUCUUAAAAAAAAAAAAAAGGAAAGGGAAAAAAAUGGAGAAAAAAAGAUGCAUCAAGCUUGUUUGUCAAAU